AUGUUGUGUCUACGCUGCUCUCAUGGUCUUAGGGCUACUCCAACUAUAACAAGGGCGCUUUCACAAUCCAAUGCUAUCGUUGCGAAAAGAACAUUUACUUCAAUCACGCCCCUCCGACCCACGUUAUCCCCCUUCGCAUUCAAACCCUCAACGCCUGUAGUUAUUCCUUCAGAAGCAGCACCUCUAGAUCUCCUUCCUAAGAUCUCAACACAUCCCGCUUUGAGCACAACACAAUUACGUUGUGGACCAAGAAAUACGUUCAGUCCGAGUCACUUUGUUAGGAAGAGGAGACAUGGAUUUUUGAGUAGAAUUAGGACGAGGAAGGGGAGGGCGACUCUGCAGAGGAGGAAAUCGAAGAGACGAAGUACUUUGAGUCAUUAG